CCAGUAGGUUUCACGCCGGACUGGAAAAAAAGUUUGAAAUCCACGAUCAACUGAAAGAUAAACCGGCGCUGGUUUCAGUUCGGUUUGGCCCGUGAAGCGAUAUCGGACUCUAAGCACAAGCUUGUAAGAGAAGUGUACUAAUCGUAAAACCAAGGAGAUUGCGAGACCGAUCAUUGUUUCCGUCACCUAGGCUUUGUGCAGAGUCUCAAAAAUGGUCUGGGCUCUCCUUACCACCGACCCCCUCUCAGGUGAAGACAAUUACUACAUCUUCAAGAAGGGAAUUUACAAAGUGGGUCGAAAAGGUUGUGAUAUCAUUAUUAACAAAGAUAAAGGAGUUUCUCGAGUCCACGCAGAGAUAGUUGUUGAUGCAAUGACUUCAUUGAAUCCACUGCAUAAGAAUUCUGACAUAUCCUCCAAGGUUCGGAUAAGAGAUUGCUCAAAAUAUGGGACUUUUAUAAACAAGAAUCUUGGGUCAAGGGAAAAGGUUCAUGAGUUCCCAAAUAAAGAAACAACUCUGACGGAUGGGGACCUUGUUUCUUUUGGAACUGGUAAUGCAACCUACAGGUUCUCUUUUGUUCUGCUGACAUUUUUCGUCUGCUACCCUGAAACCUUUGAAAUGAACCAGUUGCUGGAAGAAAGAAUUACAUCAAUUGGUGCCUGUCUUACUCAGUUUAGUCAAGAGUUCACGCACAUGCUUGUUGAUGAUCUCACGCCAGUGAAAGAAGUUAUACUUGAUGCUAUUAUUGGCAAGAAGCCUUUGGUUCUUUCUACUUGGGUUGAGUUGCUCGCUCAAACACGCAUUUGCUCGGAAAUUCCUAGCUGGAGUUCAUAUGCUCCAACAUUGUCAGUGGAUGGAGUAUCAGUCAAGGUUGUGGACUCAAAAACUCGUGGAAAUUGUUUGGCACGAUAUAGUUUUCUUUUGGAGCCUGCAGACAAGUACUUUUUUGGGCAUAGGCUGCAUUCACUACUGAAGCUGGGUGGUGCAAAUGUGAUUACCAAGGAAGAAUUUUGUUUGAAUAGCCAAGGGUUUGAGUAUGGAGAAGAUAAUCUUGUUGUGUGUGUUAUCCCUAGAGGAUCAGCUGAGUUUAAUAGCAGCAACAAAUUCAGCUCAUUAUCUCGAAUGAAUGAGAUGGAUUUAGUAUGUGCUAUUUUGUCCGGACAUCUGGAUCCAUCAAUGUUGAUAUCACCAUCUCUGGUUGUUUUGUCAUCAUGCUCGACAGAUGAGACUGUGGUAGCAGAUUCUGAUGCUGAAGUGGAAACAUUAACAUCACCCCUUGCCCCUGCUAAUGGACGUAAAGAAGAAUCCCCCAAGGAUGUUAGCAGAGUGGAAAUAUCAAUGGAUCAUGCUACUGCCAAAUUGGAGGAUAUCCAUGCUAUAAGUUCUGUGGAUAAUAGUGGUGGUAUGAUAGCACGAAAUGAGAAGGUUGAUGAGUCUGGAAGUUCUGAUGUAAUUUACAGUCAAGAUUUAGUCGUUAGAGAUUUGAAUCCUGCUGUUUCCAUCACAUCUUGCAUGCCAGAUAGUGGUGCUUUGAAUUUCAAAAAAUUCAAGAAGGUUAACAUUGAGUCUGGGAAUAGUUUCAGCAACCUGAUACCAUUUUCAAAAUAUCCAUAUCAGGAUUCUGACAACAGGGAUGAGGAAAUGUCUGAGUUCAUGAAAGAAGAGAAAAAACGAAAGCGACUGGAAGCAACUGCAGAAGAUUUAUUUAAUAACGAAAAGGGGAAACGACGUCGAGCAGCUGGUUCUCUUCAUGGACUUUUCACUCACGGUUGACAAAGGCGGCCUAUCCUUUGCACGACUAUCUUCCAUACUACAUAAAAGGAUUAGAGGAGUUUCGAUGGAAUAGUUUCAGUUUGUCGCCGCUGCUGUUGCAAAAAAGAGAUUAAAUCAGUUGCAUUCUGUCCAGUCGAAGGCACAUUCAGCACAGUUGUGUUGUUGUGACCCUGAUAAAAUUUUGAUUCGUAGCAGUAAUCGUCACAUCAGACGUGGCGUAGAAGCUGUUAUUGUUGUUGCAGAGAUCGAAUUGGGUGAUUUGCAAUCUGUCUAUUGAGUAUUCUGAUAGUUUUGGCCUGAACACAAGGGAUAGGAUGCCAACAGUAAUACCAAUUUGAACUAUCAGAAGCAAGAGGAGACUGACUAUCCAACAGAAGCCAUGACCCAACUCACCACUUAAACCAUCAGGUUGAUAUUCAGGAAAAACAUCAAUGUAUGUAUGUAAGUAUACAUUUGAAUCUUCAUCUUUUAAGCAAAUUAACUUGGGUAGAGUAUACUUACUUGGUUCCUUCCUUAAAAUGGUGAAUUCAUUUCAUAUAAAAUCUCUAUUAGUAAUGAUUUUGAAGAUUCUGUACCUUA